AUGAAAGACAAUCAUCUUCUCAUCGUCGUCUUGAAUCAUCGCAGUGCACUGAAUGCUGAUACAUCGUGUCAAGCCUUUUACGGCAUUUCUAUGCUUCCAAGCCAUGUGUCGAAGCAGGUCAUUGUAGACGUCAGUGGAGGCCUUGCCCACGAUCCCAUAACUGCUUCUCGUUCGUUCAAACCGAAUCCCCAUGCCAUUGAGCAGGGUGGUGGAGAAUCCGCCCACAAAGAUGGUUUCUUGACCCAGUUGAAGCCGGUUGGUCAGGAGGCCACAACUGUUGGCAUUACAACUGAGAACUGGUGGUCAAGAGAGUAG